AUGGCCUUCCUCUCUACUAACGCAGAAGUCGGGGAUAUGACAGAAACAUUAGUUUCGACAUCCUUCAGGUUGCUUGCUUCCCUGCUACUCAGACCUCCUGCAACCGUCGAAGUGCUCCCUGGCGAUGCCUCCACCUGGAUCUCCGAUGGGGCAGAAUCACCCCAUUCCCCUUUUCUGCUUAUGGAAAACAACCUUGGUGUGCCUGAGAAAGAACUUCGUCGGUCCUACCUGUUCGCUGUGCAUGUUUUCGCUGCUGCACGCAAGGUUUCCGGACUUCAUACGUUUCAGAAUGCCUCCACCCUUACCAUGACUCCAGCGAUUCAGGAUAUAAUCGAUUCUUCUGCUGUCCUCAUUUUGAUGAAUCCGGCUCACCAGACUGCACUCAAUGCUAGAAAGCGACUUGUUGAGCGGAACCUCAUAAAUGUGGGGCAAGAACUCAAGUUUACAGCUGCUCUACUUUCGAGCAAGCACUGUUGCAAACAGGCCGAGCUAUGGUACCACAGGCGAUGGAUUUUCCGGCGCAUAUACCCAAUCCCAACCUCUCCUCAAGGGUCCAUUGCUGACAUAGCCCCCGAUUCAACAAAUUUCUAUCUUCUUCCCAAUGACCUCUCUGUGGAAAUCAGUCUUGUCAUAAGAGCUUGCGAACUCUAUCCCCGCAACUAUUUUGGCUGGAUGCACCGCACAAUAUGCAUUAAAUCUAUCAUCGCAUCAGCGAUGCAUUUUAUCACAUCAGACGUAUUCGUUGAAAUCGUUACAAAAGAGAUCCUCGACGUCACGCAGUGGAUCGAGUCUCACAUCUCGGACUAUAGUGCUGUGCAUCACCUCAAAACUCUUGCUUAUCUCGUUGACGAAAUGGAGUGUACGUUCCUCCCAGACAAUCUUCAACAUUUACUUUCCCCGAUCGGACAUGCCCUCAUGCUCGUACGUGCAUUUCCGGGGCACGAAACACUUUGGCAGUAUCUCCGCCUAUUUUGGGAUGAGGGGGAUGUCACUGCAGCGUUUAUCGCGUCGUUUGUGGCACCUCUACAAAGUACUGGGAUGGUGGACGAGGGAAACGAGUAUCGAGAAUGUUUUAGUGCCGCGCAACAUGCUCGCCACUUCCUCGAGUGGAGGAAUCAGAGGUUGAGGUGA